AUGACCGACUCACCCCGCCUCCUCCGUCCCAGACCGCGACGGCCCUUUGAGCUCCCCUCGAACGAAUCGUCACGGCCACCUUCUCCUCCACCCAACGUCGACACAGCUGCCAGCAACAGUGCAGCCGACCUGCUCGACGUCAAGAGCGACUUGGACGGGAAACGCACAGGCUCGCUCCUCAACCUGACCUCGUCAACGCUCCUGGGCAUCUUUCAGCAGACUGCGUUUGACAGCGGGCGUGACGAGAACAGUCCGUGGGAUACGCAGGUACACACGCCGAUUGAGACUGAUGUGAAUAACCGCUUCCCCUCUGCGGCGGCCGGUGGCGCCAAAUCACUGGAUUCGCAGAUGCAGCAACAACAUGCUCCUCCUCCUCAUUCUCGUCGAGCGGGCAAUGCGUUUUACGUGUCUCUGAUCUCAAAGACGAGUCUCUUGUUCGUAUGCGGAGUCGCAUAUGGUACCAUCAUGGCCCAUUUACAUGAGAACAACUGGAUUACGCCUAUAAAGCUAGAGCUCAUCGACCGCAACUCGUACGUAUACCUGGCCGCGUGGGGGUUUGGCGGUGUCUCGCUGGCCUUUGUACUUCCCUGGCUGGAUAAUGUGUGGGAGAACGCGUCGUCGGGGAAGAACAAGCGGUUUGCCAAUGGAUAUCAAAAGGUUGGAGGGAGUGGUAAUGGCAACGACUCGCGCACUUCUCGGUGGACUCUGGCAGUACGCAGUAUUGGUGCCUUUGUGGGAAUUGCUUUUGCUAUGAGGAGACUGCCCUGGGAGUCCACAACACAGGAAUCGCUCACGCUUGCCCUGGUCAACCCGUUCUUGUGGUACCUUAUCGACCGCACCAAGACUGGCUUCUGGCUGUCGACUGUCGUCGCCCUGACCGGCAUGGGAAUCACUCUGGGCCUGCACCCGGAAAUCAUACCUUCGUCUCCAACCGGCGGGCUCGGCCUGCACAACGGGCGUCUCGCGCUUAACAUCCAGGGAGGACUGUCGCAAGAAGCCACGGCGGUUGCCAUCUGGCUUGCCAGCGCGUUUUUCAGUGCCUGUGUCUGUUUUGGGAACAUUGGUCGACAGCUUGCUCUGGGGGGAAGCCAGCAAGCAGCGGCCAAGAGGUGA